AAAAAAAAAAUGUUUUGUCUUAUUCUGGUUCUCUCUGGAGUUUGUGCAGUGGGCAUGGCUGCGCCUUUACAAGAUUACUACUCAUACUCCAUGGCUGUUGGGGAUGGUAGUGGAACUGAAUAUACCACUGCAUCUGAUGGUCGCAUCACAGGUAUCAGAAUCUGGGAAAACAGUAACGCGUACAUUCGCGGAAUCCAGCUGCGUUAUGAUGCUGACUGGACAACAGCGGUUUGUACAAGCAAUGGCAAUCCAAUGGAGAUGACACUUCGUAACAAUGAAUCCAUCGUUCAGGUUUCUGGAAAAUAUUACAGUGGCUACAUCUAUGAGAUUAUGUUUGUCACUAGUCGAGGCCGCUCUUUAAAAGUGGGGCAGCCUUACGGAAGCUCAUUUAAUUUCUAUCCGACCAAUGUUGGAAGUGAGCUACGUUUUCUCAGUGGUCGACAGAAUGGAAAUGGCAUCACCUCCAUUGGGGCUCACUGGGCUCUCUACUAACACCAGUGACAACAGUGUA